CAGGUCAAUUCAGUGAAGAUAUGAUUCCUACUGUGGGCUUCAACAUGAGGAAAGUUACGAAGGGUAAUGUUACAAUAAAGAUUUGGGAUAUAGGAGGGCAACCACGAUUCCGAAGCAUGUGGGAGCGAUAUUGCAGAGGAGUUAAUGCUAUUGUCUACAUGGUAGAUGCUGCAGAUCGUGAAAAAAUAGAAGCCUCUCGAAAUGAGCUGCACAAUCUUCUAGAUAAGCCACAGUUACAAGGGAUCCCUGUUCUAGUACUUGGAAAUAAGAGAGACCUUCCUAAUGCUUUGGAUGAGAAACAGCUAAUUGAAAAAAUGAACCUUGCUGCUAUUCAGGACAGAGAAAUCUGCUGCUACUCAAUUUCGUGCAAAGAGAAAGAUAAUAUAGAUAUCACGCUUCAGUGGCUUAUUCAGCAUUCAAAAUCUAGAAGAAGCUGAAGUCUUCCUGGAAUCUCCAGUACCAGUUGGCCAUAAUCUCAAUUGUCCACUUCCCUCCAUAAUGAGAUAUUACCCAAAAAUCCUGUAUCAAGAAUCUGCCUUUUCACGGUUCAUUUCUCAUGUGCACUGCUGAAGACUUGUAUUCCUAUUCUGUCACAAAACAACUAGAGUUGUCAUGAUAAAGUCAGCACAAAUAUUUAUUUUACAACCAUCUGUGGUGGGUGGGUUGUGGGGGGGGCUUUUUAAAAAAAAAAAAAUCUCUCUACCAUGUUAACUAUGAUGGUACACUCUGUUCUGGUUUUUCAGGGCCAGGUUUUUAUAUGAUUUUCAGCAAGUGUUUUAUUUCUAGCGUUUAGUGGCUUGAAGAUGCUGAUGCUUGACAGCAUUAAGAUUCUGUAAGAUGCCACAUACAGUAGUUAGAAAACAUUUAAGCGUGAGUUGUGGGAUACUGAUUUAUCUCACAAAUGCAUGUGAUGUGUGUAUGUAAGCAGAGAAAUGGAAACUGUUUGCAGAGGGGAGCACAAGGCAUAGAUCAGCAUCACUAAUCUACAGCUGAGAUCUUACCCUGUCACUCGAAAAAGAAAAUUCUUAUGAUGAAUUAGGAAAGAGUCAACUGUUUAAAAUCAUUUCGUUGCUUCUGUUUAACAUUUGUGCGGGGGAUGGGGAUGGACUGUUUUGUCAAGCUUACCAAAAUUGGAGUAUUUCAGCAUGAAAACAAAUUGCUAGGAACAUCAGACUUUGUUCAAAUACAUUUUUCUAUCUACAGAUACUAGUGGUCUCUAUCUGAAACCAGAACACACAUUCUGAGCAGCUGCAUGACACUUAAGUUACUGGUGUUUUUGUAUAGAGUCAGUCAACCUUUAGCACAAUAUCUAUGUAAUUGUCUAGUGUCUCUCCUGCUCAUGAAAUGGCUGGGCACAGUUUCACCUGGUGCUAUGGAAUAUCUAGGCUAUUGUGACAACUCUAGACCUGCCUGCUUUCUUGAUGUAACCAUGUGCAAAGUCUGUAAGUUGCAAGAUGAAAUGUUCUACUGUGUCAAAGCACAAGAGAGCCAAUGAAUCGAUCCUGUUUCUUGACUAGCUCCUACAGUAUAGGGAAGUAUGUACAAACUAAAGAUUGUAAUGUUUUUGUAGCUUUACUUUCUCAAUGACUUCAGUAUAUUUAAAGGAACAGACUUAAGACUGGUUUGUUCAUACAGUAAUGUCAGUGUAGCUUACUAGUGUAUGCAAAUACAUCAUACACCUGCUUGUGUUGCCUCACACUGUGUGUGAUUCUUCACCUAAAUGUAGUUUGCAUUGUGUCAGAGCCUUUGGUUGGAAACACCGUGUAGUCCAUCAGUUAUGACAAGCCAGUUUUAACUUAGACUGCCAUGGCCUUACUGUUCUGUACCAACUAUCGCGCUGUUGCACAGACACUACGUGCUGCCUGCAUUCGGUCUGAACUUGCAUUUUAACUUUUUGUCCCCUUUCAGUUCUCUGAAGCAUGAUUUCAGUUAAUUCAUACUCUGGUGCUGUAGAGGAGAGGGUAUAUUAACUUGCUACUGUAGUCCCUAGUUCACCAGGAACUGCUACAGUUACUUUUAUUUAGCAAAUUUGCUUGUGCCUAAAUAAGGAAAAUAAACUAGAAUGUGUGAAUCUUUGUGGGGGACCAGGUCACUGUUUAGUUAACUGGCCUAUAGCUAAACUUGAUGUGUUUGGUGUUUAUAUACUUCACUGCUUUCAGCGUUUAUGGCAUCCAAACACUACCAAUUGUUAACCUGUGCAUUACUCUCUGCAUGUGAACAACUUAUACAAUUACUGAACUUUGUAAAUACGUGAAUUUUUUUAUUUAGGUGGAUGCAUAUGUUGGUUUACUGCUCUUCAGCUUUAUUCAAUAAACUUAUGUUUUGAGGGUUGUAUUGACACUU